GAAGGCAUCAUCGCUCUGAUUCAGUCAAGCACGCGGCCAUUCACAGUUUAGUCCCUUCGAUGACUCUGAAUGACUAGCCGGCGCGCGUCUCCCUCGCCAUUUAGACACAUUUAGAACUUUGGGUCGAAGCGGUGGAUUUUUACAGGCGAGUUAAAAUCCAGGUUGAGUGUGCGAAACGAUGCUGAUGAAGUUGGAAAGUAAUGAGCGAGGAUGAAGCUGCCGGGAAGCCCGCUUUGUUCGGAGGAGCGCAAGGCUUUUGUGCCUCUGUCAUCCCGCAGCUCAUCCCCUGCUGCUUUGUCUUCACUUGGCCCUCCGAUACCGACCGCGACCGUCAGUGUGGUUUGUCAGUAUUGGACUGCGACCAGCAGCAGCAGGUCAGCACCAUGAGUCUGUACGGGGCCGGUGCCAGUAGCUGUGCCGUCGGCGGAGCAAGAGAAAGAGGAGGAGCAGAACAUUACCGGGAGCAACAGCGGCGUUCCAGCGACCGCUCACGUGACUCCUCCCAUGAGAGAGGAGAGAGCCAGCUGACGCCCUGCAUCAGGAAUGUCACUUCUCCUACUCGGCAGCAUGACCGUGAACGUGGCGAUGGAGGCUCAUCCUCCAGAUCCUCCAGUCCACGUCCUCCCAGAGUUUCUAUUCCGUAUUCCCACAUUGGAGGGGCCCUGAUCGGGGGACACAUACCUCGGUCCCUGGGUCCUCCUGGAGCAGACCACCACUUGAAGAUGCUGAGCCCCGGAAUGUCCGAUAUGAUCUACGUGUAUGACCUCAGCAGUAAAGAGGGGCAUCGCAGUGGACUGAGGCUGGGAGAGAGAGUAACGCUUAUUGUGGAUAAUACAAGAUUUGUGGUGGAUCCUGCCAUCUUCACAGCUCAACCAAACACCAUGCUGGGCAGGAUGUUUGGUUCUGGGCGGGACAACAACUUUACGCGACCCAAUGAAAAAGGGGAGUUUGAGGUGGCCGAUGGCAUCAGCUCCACUGUCUUCAGAGCCAUUCUGGAUUACUACAAGUCGGGGAUAAUCCGCUGCCCUGAUGGCGUUUCCAUUCCCGAGCUGAGGGAGGCAUGUGACUACCUCUGUAUCUCCUUCAACUACAGCACCAUCAAGUGCAGAGACCUCAGCGCCCUGAUGCACGAGCUGUCUAAUGACGGGGCCCGGCGUCAGUUUGAAUGUUACUUGGAGGAGAUGGUGUUGCCGCUGAUGGUGGCCAGCGCUCAAAGCGGAGAGAGGGAGUGUCACGUGGUGGUGUUGACUGAUGACGAUGUGGUGGACUGGGAUGAAGAGUACCCUCCACAGAUGGGAGAGGAGUACUCACAGAUCAUCUACAGCACCAAACUGUACCGCUUCUUCAAGUACAUAGAGAACAGAGAUGUGGCCAAGUCAGUGUUGAAGGACAGAGGACUGAAAAAGAUCCGGCUGGGAAUAGAAGGCUACCCGACCUAUAAAGAGAAGGUGAAGCGGCGUCCUGGAGGUCGUCCAGAGGUCAUCUACAACUACGUCCAGCGUCCCUUCAUCCGCAUGUCCUGGGAGAAGGAGGAAGGGAAGAGCCGCCAUGUGGAUUUCCAGUGCGUUAAGUCCAAGUCCACCACCAACCUGGCCGCGGCCGCCGCAGACAUUCCCCAGGACCAGCUGGUGGUCAUGCACCCUCCGGGGCCACAGGUGGACGAGCUGGACACUCUGCCACAGCCGCCGGGCGUCAACGAACCCCAUCAGCUGUGGCUCGGACAGGGACCGGAGAACAAUGCGGGCCCCCAGCUAUCGCAAGGCUACGAGGGCCCGAACCAGCAGGCUCAGGACACUACGCACAGCCUGUCCCACAGCAACCAGCAGCAUGGCGGCAGCUACACUCAGGCCACUUACCACUACGAGCCGGACCCAGACACACCGUCGCCCUCUGCAUGAUACUGGCUGCACACUUAAUCCAUCCCUCCACUGCUGUGUUCACACUAACAGCAACAAGUGCUUUAAUUACAUAAUUUCACUAAGACAAAUUCAGAGCUAGGAAAUGCUAAACUAUAACUAAAAAAUAAACAACUUUCACAUAAUUGUAAUGUGAGCAUUGAUUAUCAAACUUGCAGUCCUUACACAAAAUGUAGAAAAAUUAGUAGUAACACUGGUAAAGAAGCUAAGAAGCACAGACACCUGGCCUUUAACAGCCAAUAAGCACACAAGGUUUAAGUUGUUGCUACUUGUUGCUUUCAGUGUGAAGGCAGACUUUGCUCUCCCGCUGCCCCACAGUCCUCCUCCCCUUCUCCUCCUCCUGAGUGGGAAAACACCACUUUGCCUUCUGUUGCACCUCCGCUGCAGCCUUUCUCAGUCAACACAGUGUCCGAAUGAGCGGAAAUUGUCCAGCAGCCAAGGAUGGAUGAAGCACAAUCAGCAGGCCUCCUCACCCGCCUCUGGUCACUCUGUUUGUUUUUUAUUUAUCUGACCAAAGGACAGUUUAGUUGCAUUCUGUAUACUUGUGAAAAAAACAGUACUGUAUUUAAUUGCAUUGAAGCAUGUAUAAGAGCUGUGAGCGUGUCAACUGUGCUGCUGGGAUACUGUACCUUACUGGGAAAGUGGAUUUCAGUCCCUCUUUAUAGUCUGUCUUUAUUUGGAGGCUAAGAUCCACUUUUUCUAGUAAAUGUGAAUGCCUUGAUGAAAGGGUUUUUGUUUUACACAACAUCCAGGUUUUAAGAAAAUUAUUAACUUCCUUCAUUUUUUAGCCCAGUUGAUUUGGUUCCUAGUUCGUUGAGUCCAUGUUUUCACUCUUUUGCUCCACUCCUGUUUGUGUUCUAGCUGACCUGCAUCACCACUGCUGUGAGCACACAGGAUGUCAGAAGAGAUGUUGAACAAAAUGUUUUCUAAUAAAUGGUAUACACAACACUCUUCUUGAAUGACCGACUCCCAAAUUAUAAUUUUUUUUUUAGUAGAAAGUCAAGUACAAAGCAUCUUACAUUGUACACGAAACAAAGAUCAACCAAACAAACAAAAAGGGAGUAAAAAACAAAACACGAGUAUGUGUAACACAGGACCAGGGGACAGUCCCUCUGAAGCUUUUUUACUUAAAAUCUGUUCUAUAUGGGUUGAUUAACUCAAUCCAUCCUUUCAAAAUUUAUCAAAUAUGCCUAUAUUUCACAUUAAACCAGUCUGCUAAUGUCGGUUGUCCUUUAUUUAACCAUUUGUUCAUAAUGGCUUUUUUUUUUUAUUGUUGACUAGCAUUGUUCUAAACAUGCAUGCUUUAGAAAAGCCAAAAAGCUGUUGUAGUACCUACCCAGGCACUAAACCUGGAAACAAAAGUCAACCUUAAUUUUUGAAACUUUCCAUCCUAAAAUUCAUGAUACUGAUUUGCUCUCUCUGUCCCACAGCCUCUCCAGCAUGCUAAGGCAAACUUUUUCUGCAGGGCCCCCCAUAUGUAGAUUCACAUAAGCUUUUAGGUGAGGUAUUUACAAAGAAAUCCAAAUAAAUAUUCAGAGUUCACUCCUGUCAGGCUCUGAAAUUUGCAUCCAGCCUGUUUAGAAUUAAGCCUUGAUUGUAGACUACCCAGCGAAUCAGUGAAUAUAGCUCCUUAGGCCCAAAGGACUUGACCCGUUUUCAAUUUUGUUUUAUAUCAGAAAAUAUGGGAUGUAGAAAUAAGUGCUGAAAAUGUGUAGAAGAAAAGUUUUACAAUUUAAAACGUUGGAAAAAGCAAAAACAAACUGGAAAAAAAAGGCAUCAACGUUGUUGACGGGAAGACAACACAAGGGUUAAGCCAGGUUUUGAUGCAAGAUCUAGCUAUGUGUUUCCCCUAGGUUAUGUUUAAAAUUACUGUCUCCAAUAAUAGCCUGUAGUGGGAGCUUAACUGAGUGCUGGCAUUCAAUAAUAACUUUUUAGGCAAUGGAGUGUCGGACCCCCUGUAUCCCCAGGCACUUGGAGGGUCUUGUAUCUAACGGUUUCUUUCCCUGCAACAGGGAUCUCGAAAUCAACUUUCUACAAAUGUCUUAUCUGCGAUAUACACUGGUAGUGUUUGGAAUAAAUAUGACGACAUCCUCCUUUCAACUCAAA